AGUUUCUAGCCAUUUAUUGUUUGGGUUAAAUCCUUAUAUUAAGAAAAAGUAAUUGUUAAAAAGUAUAUAAAAAAAGGCGGGGAUGUGCACUAAUCUGGAAAUAUGACCAUUUUUUUCUGUCGACUUACAAAGAAAUGUCGGUUAAGAAGCUGUGGGAGAAGAUUCUCCCAGAUAAAAACCCCUACAAACCAGUUGAAUCGGUUUACGAAUCGGAACAAGAAAGGUGCGUUGAGGAAGCCAAAAAUGUGGAGCAGAAAAAAAUUACAUCAUUCAAUGCGUUCUGGAACGUCUCCAAUUCAAUCCAAGGUGUAGCCAUACUAGCUAUGCCUUAUGUCAUUAAAGGUGGAGGGUGGUGGAGUGUAGUAGCCAUUAUACUUGUAGCCAUACUAUCGAACUAUACCGGUCAAAUACUGAUAAAAUGUCACUAUGAUGACGUCAUCGACGAAGCCACAGGAGAAACAGUUAGCGUUAGAACAAGGUCAUCCUAUGCCGAAGUUGGUGAUGCCAUGUGGCCGGUGUACGGCAAAAACAUUGUCUUGUUCAUCCAGGUACUCGAGCUUCUGUUCAUGGCAACGCUCUACCCUAUUGUGUUUGUAUCUGUUACGCACACGCUUUUCCCACAUUUCGGGUUAUCUUCUGGAGUAUGGGUGCUGAUUUUCGGCGUGCUGAUGUUACCAAAUAUAUUUCUUCGACGACUUUAUCACAUAUCGAUUAUGAGCUCAUUGACCGUCGCUUCAGCUACAUCCGUCUUCUUUGCCGUGUGUGUUUACUGCUUCACGGAAAUAGACGCUUGGGACGUGCAUAACCUUGAAAAGUUUUCCAUUAAGGAGUUUGUUGCUUCAACUGGCGUGGUAGUGGCUAGCUACUCUUCCCAGAUGUAUUUAUCCGUGAUCGAAAGCGAUAUGAGGAAUCCGUCAAGCAUCGGCAGCGUGAUGAAUGCUGGGUAUUUUGCCAUGACUAUUUUAAAAGUCGGUAUCGGCGUCAUCGCUUACAUGACGUUUGGAGAUGCGACAUCGCAAGUAGUGACUUUGAAUCUGCCGGCAGGAAUUUUACUCACAGCAAUUAACAGUAUUGUCUUACUACUCGCAAUGUCAUCUUAUACCCUACCCAUGUUCACCGUCUUUGAAAUUCUCGAGAAAGAUUCAAAAUGGUUGAUUAUUGGCAACUCUUCAGAACUUGGAGACGAUAAAGAAUCCCGGAAUUAUGAAGAAAGGUUGAUCAAUGUAAGACGAACAGCCAUACGCUUGGCUUUGAUGUUUAUCACGCUUACAAUGGCCAUCUCUGUUCCUCACUUCUGUAUGGUGUUGUCUUUUAUUGGAAGCUUCACAGGUGCCUUUCUAGAAAUGGUAUUCCCAUGUUGGUUUUACUUGGCACUGAAGCACAAGACGUUAUCAAAAAGUACAACAAUAGUAAAUGUGUUGAUUAUAACUUUUAGUUUACUUUUUAUGGGUGUUGGGAUGUAUUCUUCAGCGUUUGAUAUGAUCAAAGCAUUUAAACUCCAUACAAAGGAGGUAUGGACCAUAGACUGAUGUGUAUGUGCUGAUAAAAAUGUAAAAAAAUGAAAAUGACCAAAGGUGACAAGUUGUAUUAAUUAACAUGCAACUCUGAUAAGUCCAUAGUGGUAUUUUUGUUCUGGUUAAGUUUGCGAAAAAAUUACAAAUAGAACAGAAUUACUUCUGAAGGCUAGUACAAGAGCUAAUCAUGGCUAUUUUCGACUACGCGUUUUUUUAUAAAAAGCCCCUUUAUAAGAAACUGACAAAUCACCUUACAAAAAAUUGGGAAACUUUUGAUACUUCUAAAAAUGUGAAUUUUUUCCAUCAUUUCGAUGAAUAUUGAGUAGGUUAUCGGAAAACUGGUAUCAUUUUUGAUGACGAAUUUAAGGCGAAAGGGCAUCAUUAUUUCAUCUCUUCUUGUAUAUAUUUGUUGCACUCUUUGUUGCAUCGAGAUAAUGUUUUAUAUUGACUAUCCCUCUAAUAGAUCCCGUCAAAUUUAAGAAACUCGUUAUAAACUUUUUUUCUAGCAAAGAGUAACCUCUGAGUUGAAACAUUUACUGGUUGAACGUUUGGUUGCUUUCCAAUAAAAGAACGUGUAUAGUUUGAAAAAUAUUCAAUUUUACUUGGUUAGUUUUUUGGCAUGCAAUUCUAUUUACAUUUUUUGUUCAUAGGCGAUACGUUUCUAUAUUUUAUAAGUUCAACCUGUUGCUUACUUCAACCUCGUUCCCAAACUGUUGCUUACUGAAACUCGUUUCCAAACUGUUGUUUACUUCAACCUCGUUCCCAAACUGUUGCUUUUUUCAACCUUGUUCCCAAACUGUUGCUUACUUCAACCUCGUUCCCAAACUGUUGUUUACUUGCUACUUGUUGACUAUCUACUUACUAGAAAAUAAAAUUCACGUGUUUACCUGUUUCGUUAGGCUUCCGUUAAAUUAUGUUUGUCUUACUUUUUCUCUUUGCAACUUUUCUACGAAGAAAUUAAACCUUAUAGCAAUGCAAGGUUUAAAUUUAUGACAUGUUGAAAAAGCGUGUAAUCCACAACUGUGAUGACUAUUGGGGUUGUACAAUUUUUAUUGAUAGGUUACAUGUUACAUAUUUAGAAACCGGAUGUGAUUACAAACUGAUUAAGAAAAAACAUCUGCAAAUAUCACUUCCGUCAGCAAA